GCUGCUUGUUAGACCGGCAUAUGCUAAGACCUUUUUGCUAGCAAGAAAGAAGGGCCGUACUCAUCUGUGAGGAAGGGUCUCCAUCAUUGCUCUGUUCAGGCUGACACGGUGUGUUUCCGUGCUCAGGACUAAACGACCCCUGACAGUCGGCUGUCCUGUUAUUUGUAGUCGUGCUCUGCCGUCAGUCUGCAGUGCCAAAUUGUCGCCACAUCUGCUGAAGAUGCCGCAAACAAAUAAAUCCGACCUCCCGACAGCUGUUUCUUCGGGUUCAGUCAAAUCAGGGACCUCAGCUGAGGAGGAGUCGCCACCCUGGGAGGAGAACAAGGCUUCCGGAGAAAAGGGCGGAGGAGGAGGAGAUAGGGAGGACAAUGCUGGAGACAGUGAGAUCAUCAAGUCACCCAGUGAUCCUAAGAAGUACAGGUACAUAGUUUUAGACAACGGCCUGCAAGCUCUGCUCAUCUCUGACUACAGUGGGCCAUUACAGUCAGAUGAUGAAGAGUCAGAGGGAGAAGACGAAGAGGAGGAGGAGGAGGAAAACUCUGAAUCUGAGGAUGAAUCAGGGGAUGAGGACGAUGAGGACGAUGAGGAUGAGGGCAGUGAUGUAGACGAGAAGGGGAAAAAGAAGAAAGGAAAUGCAGAGAAACAGUCUGCUGCAGCUCUUUGUGUCGGUGUGGGCAGCUUCAGCGACCCCGGUGAUCUCCCUGGCCUCGCUCACUUUCUGGAGCACAUGGUGUUCAUGGGCAGCGAGAAGUACCCGUCAGAGAACGGCUUUGAUGCUUUCCUCAAGAAGCACGGUGGGAGCGACAACGCCUCCACCGACUGCGAGAGGACCAUCUUCCAGUUUGACGUCCAGAGAAAAAGCUUCAAAGAAGCUCUUGACAGGUGGGCGCAGUUCUUUAUCUGCCCCCUAAUGAUCCGAGACGCAAUCGACAGGGAGGUGGAGGCCGUUGACAGCGAGUACCAGCUGGCUAAACCAUCUGACUCCCACAGGAAGGAGAUGCUGUUUGGCAGUCUGGCCAAACCUGGACACCCCAUGGGCAAGUUCUGCUGGGGGAACGCAGAGACGUUGAAGCAGGAGCCAAAGAGGAAGAAGAUCAAUGUUUAUAAGCGCCUGCGUGCCUUCUGGAAGAAGUACUACUCUGCCCACUACAUGACUCUGGCUGUGCAAUCAAAAGAGAAGCUGGACACUCUGGAGGAGUGGGUGAGAGAGAUCUUCAGCAAGGUGCCGAACAAUGGUUUGCCUAAGCAGGAUUUCUCUGAUUUGCUGGAUCCUUUUGACACACCAGCCUUCUGCAAGCUCUACAGAGUCGUUCCUGUUGGGAAAGUGCACGCUUUGAAUAUCACCUGGGCUCUUCCUCCUCAGGAGAAACACUACAGAGUGAAGCCUCUCCACUACAUUUCAUGGCUGGUUGGCCAUGAGGGCAAAGGGAGCAUCCUCUCAGUGCUGAGAAAGAAGUGCUGGGCUCUGGCUUUAUAUGGAGGAAACAGCGAGACGGGCUUUGACCAAAACACCACAUACUCCAUCUUCUCCAUCUCCAUCACCCUCACUGAUGAAGGCUUCCAAAACUUCUACCAGGUUACUCACCUGGUGUUCCAGUAUCUGAAGCUGCUGCAGACACUUGGACCGCAGCAAAGAAUAUACGAAGAGAUUCAGAAGAUAGAAGCGAAUGAAUUUCACUACCAGGAGCAGAUCGACCCCAUCGAGUACGUAGAGGACAUUUGUGAAAACAUGCAGCUGUUCCCUAAGGAGGACCUCCUGACAGGAGAUCAACUGAUGUUUGAGUACAAUCCAGAGGUGAUCGGUGCAGCUCUGUCCCUCCUAACGCCAGAGAAAGCUAACCUGAUGCUGCUGUCGCCUGAACACGAGGGCAGAUGUCCCCUCAGGGAGAAGUGGUUCUGUACGCAGUACAGUGUGGAGGACGUUGAGCAGAAGUGGAUGGAGCAGUGGACAGGAGACAUGGAGCUGAGCGGUGACCUCCACCUUCCUGCAGAAAACAAGUUCAUCGCCACUGACUUCACCCUGAAGCCUUCCGACUGCCCGGACACAGACUUCCCUGUUCGCACAGCCAGCAGCGACAAGGGCUGUCUGUGGUACAAGAAGGACAACAAAUUCAAAAUCCCCAAAGCCUACAUCAGAUUCCACCUAAUCUCUCCAGUCAUCCAACAAUCCGCUAAGAAUGUUGUCUUGUUCGACCUGCUGGUUAAUAUUCUGGGGCACAACCUGGCAGAGCCGGCCUACGAGGCUGAGGUGGCUCAGUUGGAGUACAAACUGGUGGCCGGCGAGCACGGCUUGGUCAUCAGGGUUAAAGGAUUCAACCACAAGCUGCCUUUGCUGUUCCACCUGAUAACUGACCACUUGGCUGAUUUUUCUGCCUCCGGUGAUGUCUUCAGCAUGUUCACUGAGCAGCUCAAAAAAACCUACUUCAACAUCCUCAUUAAACCGGAGAAACUCUGCAAGGACGUGCGCUUGUUGAUCUUGGAGCACUCCCGCUGGUCCAUGGUGGAGAAGUACCAGGCUCUGACUUCUGGUCUGACCAGAGAAGAGCUGAUGGAGUUCAGCCGGAGCUUCAGGGCCGAGCUGUACGCUGAGGGCCUGGUGCAGGGGAACUUCAGCAGUGCAGAGUCAGUGCAGUUCCUGCAGUACAUCACUGAUAAGUUGCAGUUCUCCAAGCUGCCAGCAGAGGUGCCAGUGAUGUUCCGAGUGGUGGAACUUCCUACGAAACACCACAUCUGUAAAGUCAAAUCACUCAAUAAAGGAGACGCCAACUCCGAGGUCACCGUUUACUUCCAGUCGGGGCCAAAGACAUUAAAGGAGCACACACUGAUGGAGCUGCUGGUGAUGCACAUGGAGGAACCGUGCUUUGAUUUCCUCCGAACUAAAGAGACUCUGGGCUACCAUGUCUACCCCACCUGCAGAAACACCUCCGGUGUUCUGGGUUUCUCCAUCACCGUGGAAACACAGGCGACUAAAUUCAAUACCGAGCUGGUGGAGUUAAAGAUUGAGGAGUUCUUGGUUUCAUUUGGGGAGAAGCUCAACACUUUAACCGAGGAAGCCUUCAACACUCAGGUGACGGCUCUAGUGAAGCUGAAGGAGUGCGAGGACACACACCUGGGGGAGGAGGUGGACAGGAACUGGACUGAGGUGGCGACCCAGCAGUACGUGUUUGACAGACUCAACAGAGAGAUCGAGGCUCUGAAGCAGAUGACCCGAGCCGAGCUCGUCUCCUGGUUCCAGGGACACUGUGGUGAAAACAGCUGCAGACUCAGCGUGCAUGUCGUGGGCUUCGGUGCUGAAGAGAAGGACGAGAACGGAGACGGUAAAAAUGGAGGAGGCCAAGGAGACGAUUUAUGUGGUUCAACCUACGGAGAGGUGUCCAAGCUCACCUUCCUUCCUGUCUCAACCAAGAUGGCGGGCGCUGUCGCCAUCAUGGACAUUCCUGCUUUCACUGAGGGCUUGCCUCUCUUCCCUUACCACAAGAUACUGAAAUAA